ACCUUUGAUUUACAACAAGAAACAAAGUGAUUUUAGAGGGAGCCAAAGUAUACAAUUGAGAGAGAAAGAAGGGAGAGAGUAAAACAAGAGAAUGUCUUGGCAAACUUACGUUGAGGAGCACCUAAUGUGCGACAUUGACGGGCAACACCUCUCGUCUGCGGCCAUCCUCGGCCAUGAUGGUAGCAUCUGGGCCCAAAGCUCUUCAUUCCCUCAGUUCAAGCCUGAGGAGAUCAGCGAUAUGAUGAAAGAUUUUGAUGAACCGGGGUCCCUUGCACCUACUGGCUUAUUUCUCGGAUCAACAAAAUAUAUGGUCAUCCAAGGAGAACCUGGAGCUGUUAUCCGUGGGAAGAAGGGAACGGGUGGAAUCACUGUUAAGAAGACAAAUCAGGCUUUGAUUAUCGGCAUCUAUGACGAACCCAUGACACCAGGACAAUGCAACCUGGUUGUGGAGAGGCUCGGGGACUUCCUCAUCGAGCAGGAAAUAACAGAUCGUAAGAGAGCGGAGUUGGGCUCUCUGAUUGUUCCUCCGAAGAUCAAGUCAGUAAUUUACUUGAGUGGAGAAGUAACUGAACUGUAA